AUGAUCGUCCUUACCGUCCUCCAGUUUCUACUACUCGGGAUAUCCUUCCCUGCGGUCUGUCGAGGUGUAUAUCCUGCAGCGUUAGACCAGUUCGAACACCCUCCGGCAACAUCAAGAAUCAAAUUCCGCUAUUGGAUUCCGGAUGCAAGCAUCCCCGUCGCGUCAGUCCAGCAAGAUAUUGCGGAUCUCGCGUCCAACGGUGCGGGGGGCUUGCAGUUUGUCCCCUUCUAUUAUUAUGGCAACCCUAGUGGUGCUCCCCCACUCACAGACUGGAACGUGUUUGGCUUCGGCACCGAAGCCUUUCGACAUCUGUUUGAGGGAGCAUUGGAAGCAGCGGUGGAGAACAACGUCUUGAUGGAUUUUGCUUUGGGUGCCAGCCAGGGCCAGGGAACUCCUGCAGAACCUGGGACAGAAGGCCUUUCGCUUCAGCUUCAACUGGGUGUCAUGACGGUUAAUCCGGGAACUGUAGUCACUGGCCCAGUUCCUGGCCCUCAGAAUCUCACCGAGACCCUUCUAUCAGGAGGUGGAUUCAUGCACGGUCUCGCUGAUGCUGAGAAGGGAGAGUUGAAGGCUGUCAUUGCUGGGAGGGUAAUAUCAGAAUCCGCUAGCGACAAUACAGCGACAAAAAAAGUGAGAUUAGACGAGCAGUCAAUCAUUGAUCUCAGUCAGUAUGUGGAGAAUGGACGCUUGAACUGGCAGGCUCCAGCAGGCAACGGAAACUGGAAGAUAUUUUCAUUCUGGGAGGGCUUCACGAACCAAGUGUCUUGCACUGGGGGCGUCAAUGGAACAACAACUAUUGAGAAAGGCUCUUUGGUGGUAGACCAUUUCAGCGAAGCAGGGGCGAGAUUACACACUGACUUCUUUGACAAUCAUGUUCUCGUGGACAGCACCACCAACGAAGGUCUGAGGACGCACAGCGCUUAUGCCUGGGAGGACAGCAUGGAGUUACUGUUUGCUCUUCCCUGGACACGAGGAUUCCUCACUCGAUUUGAGACGACCCAUGGAUAUAGUCUGGUCAAGUACCUGCCCCUUCUUUUUGGCCAAGCCAACUCCUGGGGGGAGAACUUCCCCCCAUACCCAGAAGAAUACGAGUAUGGGGAGUACUAUCCAGAUGGGCUUAGCAUUCACAACGCAAAUUACCGGGAUACACUGAGUGAAUGCUAUCAGGAAUACCUACAUUCCCACGUCCAGUGGGCCAAAUCGCACGGAAUAGGCUUUUCGGCCCAGCCAUCAUACAAUCUACCCUUGAGCUUCGCGAAUGAAAUUCCAGCUGUCGAUGGUCCAGAAGGCGAGUCACUAACGUUUGGAGACCGCCUAGAUGCCUACCGGAGCCUUUCUGGCCCAGCGCAGCUUGCAGGCAAAACCGAUAUCUCCUCUGAGGUUGGGGCCAUGUCCAUUCCUGCAUUUAGUCAGACUAUUCCCGACCUGCUUCUGUCUAUUAAGAAGUCUUACGCUGCUGGCUUGACAAUGAUGGUUAUUCAUGGCAUGUCAUACAGUGGCCCAUACGUGGGGACAUCCUGGCCUGGAUAUCAGCCGUUCGCGUAUAGAUUCACCGACACGUGGAGCCGUGUCCAGCCCUCCUGGCAGCAUAUGAAAGAUACACUUGACUACUUGGGGAGAAAUCAGCACAUUCUCAAAGCUGGGAAACCCCGCAUUGACCUUGCGAUGUAUUACUCUCCCAGCCGUUGGAGCAGCAACCAAGUCUAUGACUCUGACAAUCUUCAACAACAAGGAUACGCAUACAAUUUCAUCAGCCCUCAAAAUUUGCACCUCCCCAAUGUGUCCGUUUCUGAUGGACUUCUUGCGCCUAAUGGGCCCGGGUACCAAGCAUUGGUAUUCCUGAAUGAUACAAGAAUCGACGAUAAAGUUUUGUCCAAGGUCAAGGAGUUCAGCCAUGCCGGGCUGCCUGUUUUCUUCGUUGGUGACGUCCAGUCCCCCCCGCUAUCGCCACAACCCAAUGAAACUGGAAACACCAGUGAUAUGGUGGAGGAGCUGAUUAAAAACGAUAACAUCCACCAUGUCAGUACAUAUGACGAGCUCCCAGCAGCUCUAGAAAUGGCAGAAAUCAUACCACGCGUGCAAAUUGAUGCAGUCAACAGCUCUGUCCUGAGCGUCUACCGCACAGAGCCCGAGUCUGGAAUCGACUACAUUUGGCUUUUCAAUAACGCGGCUGUCGCAACCACUUUCACCGCAGACUUUCGCGUUCAUGGUCGUUUACCGUUUUCUCUAAACGCCUGGACUGGGACGCCACGCCCUAUCGCAAGAUACUCAUUCUCUGAUAAUCGGCUGCGGAUUCCGCUAACACUACAAUCCUUCGAGACAACUAUCAUAGCUCUGAAGCCCUUGACGGUUGCAAGGCCGCCCUGGGUCGCCUACAGCACAGACCUGGUUGAGGCAGUCAAUUACAACCGAGAUGGGAGGCUUGUUGCCAGCCUUAAAGGACCAGCAGUUGUCACGAUUAAUGGCACUGAAAACAAAACGCUUAGUGCAGUCGUUCCAUCCCCUACGGAACUCAAGCACUGGGACCUCGAAAUCCACGAUUGGCGGGCCAUUCCAAACGAUACAAGCAUUGAACCGCAGAUACUUGUCCACAAAUUCGCCAACCAAUCCCUGCUACCUUGGAACGACAUUAGCCCCGAGCUGGAAGCCAUGAGCGGGAUUGGCAUAUACUCCGCCAAGUUCGCGGUCCCCAAUAUCAAGGGCAUUGGCGGGUUUCUGUCAGUGGGUGCAAUCUUUCAUACUCUCCGCGCCUGGGUGAAUGGUCACCAGCUGGACCCGUUUGGUGCAGACGGUGUCAAGGUAGAUAUUACCCCUUACAUUCACCGCGGGGGCAAUAAUACCAUCAGGAUUGAGGUAUCCACAACCCUGUACAAUCGGCUUAAGGCUGAUGUGGAUACAAUCUGGCAAAUGGGAACUCCACUGUCAGUGCUGGCUCCAACCUAUGCAGACAGUGAAAGCCAGGCGUAUGGCCUAUUGGGGCCAGUUGUUAUUGACUGGGUCGUGAACAAGGUCAUCAUCUAA